AUGCGCUACUGCGGAAGCAACCAAGGCAACGAAAUCCAGAAGGAAAACCUCCACACAGAAACUGGCGGUGUCGUUACGGAAGAGGACAACUCGAGAAACAACUACAAAGGGUACGAAGAGUACGAAAAUGAUUCCUACGACGGCGACGACGGGCGAAAACAUGAUGUUUGUGAUACGGCGGCGAAUUGCGAGGAUGCAGUUGCAGCUGCUAGACGGAGCGGAGAUGAUGCACAGGUAGCAGCGAAAGCAAGGGUGAGCAAAGCUGGUUCAUUAAUAUCAGCAGCAUCACGGAAAUCAGUCAAGGCGCGUUUGGAUGUGGAACUUCAACAGAUCGAGGCUGAAGAGACACUGAUGCAAGAAGAGAUGCGGCGCAAGCGGGAACUAGCUGAAAAGAAGUUCGCUGUUCUAAAGGAGAUGGCCGAUUUGGAAGGCAGUGGCGAAUCAGUCAUUGAUCAGCAUAAUGGUCAUCACAAGGUGGAACAGUGGUUGAACCAUCGCAGCGAAACCAAUGUGAAAGAUAAGCGUUCGUCAUUCAAGAAAACCAGCAUGGAAAACUCCGGAAGUGAAGUGGAAACAGAAGACUCAAGCGAAGAAGAAACGUCUGGUACCGGGACAAAGGAUGAAGAAGAACUUUCAUCCAUCGGUGGUACCAAUUGCUACGGCAGUGAAGAAGCACAACCCUAUGGCGAACGAGCAGGGCGAAGACACCAAAGAGCGAAGAGUGAAACAGCCAAGAAAGUUGAACUAUGUGGUAGUAGACGACCAGUUACAGACCGGCAACACUCCCUGAGAAGCAGCAAAAGACUCUCGAAGGAUGAGCUUGCAGCACGACAGGUUGUACCUCGUGAGCUGCCCAAGUUCAGCGGUAAUCCGGAGGAAUGGCCAAUGUUCUUGUCCACGUAUGAAGAUACAACGGCUAUGUGUGGGUACACGGAAGCGGAGAACAUGAUCCGUUUGAGGAACUGUCUGAAGGGAGAUGCAUUUAACGCUGUUCGAAGUUUCUUGAUGCGGCCUGAAACUUUAGGCAGAGCAAUCAAUGCACUGAAACUACGCUUUGGUAGACCGAAAACCAUAAUUGAAUACCUGAAGGAGAAGAUUAUCUCGAUGCCGAUGGACAAGCUGGUCGAUUAUGCUCUGGAGGUCCAGAAUCUCUGUGCCACGGUAAAAGCUUGCGGUGGAAAGGAGUAUAUGUGUGAUACGACACUCCUAAAAGAAUUUGUCCAGAAACUGCCACCUCAAAUAAAGCUGGAUUGGGCGCGGUACAAGAGAAACUUCCCAGAGGUAAAGUUGUCCACGUUCAGCCAGUGGAUAUACAGCUUGGCGGAAGAUGUCACCGUUGUUUUCGAGCCUCAGUGCCGCGGAGGCAAGAAUCAGGAGAUAAAAGGAAACCGAAAGGAGAAGUAUGUGAACACUCACGCAGAAGUUCUUUCCAAGGAUAGGACUCAGACUGUAUACCCAACCCAAGCAAGAUCGACGGUGGCCGGAGUGAGCGGAGGAAGCAAAGCAUGUCCCGCGUGCAAAGAAGAUUGCAAAUAUCUUGGAAAGUGCAAGCGAUUUCUUGAGCUUUCGUACGAAGCAAGCGGUGCCAAUAGAAGCGGCCCUUCGAGGCAGAACGAGGAACGCAACGUCAAUACACAUCAAACCGGUACGGGCUCGCUUCGCUACUUGCCAGUGACGUUGUUUGGAAACGGAAUACAGCUAAAAUGUCACGCUUUCCUGGACGAUGGAUCCGAACUGACUCUCAUCGACCAGCAACUAGCCGAGGAGCUGAGGCUGUCCGGAACCAUUCAUCCGCUCUGUCUGAAAUGGACGGGUGGUACUCAUCGCUACGAAUCCGAUUCACAGAGUGUCGAGCUUGUGGUCGCCGGAAGAGGAGGAAAGCGGCUGUUACUGCAAGAUGUGAGAACGGUGGAAGAGCUGCAAUUACCCUUCCAGUCUUUGGAUAUGACUCAACUCACUAAACAGCAUCGAUACCUGCAGGGACUUCCUGUGGAAUCAUACACGAACGUUCGUCCACGGAUACUGAUUGGAUUGAGGCACGCUAAUGUUAUGCUGGUGCGGAAAAGUCGUGAGGGCAAGAUUGGCGACCCAAUUGCUGUAAAAACCAAUCUCGGAUGGUCGGUGUACGGUGGCUGGGCAACGAAAAAUUCCUCGAGUACUAGUCACACCUAUCACAUUUGUACGUGUAGCGAAGAAAGCAUGACGCACUUAAACCAGACGGUCAAAGACUACUUUGCUAUCGACAGUCUGGUAGUCAAGCCCAACCAGCUUGAACGACUAUCUAAGGAUGACGAGCGAGCAAUGUUUUUGAUGGAAUCUCGGACACACUUCAAUGGAGAGCGGUACGAAACUGGCCUUUAUGGCGCUCUGAUAGAAUUCGGCUACCGGAUAACAAGGCAGUCGCAAUCCGUCGAACUGUCGGAGAAGCGUGAGCGAGUGUGGUAUCUACCGAUUUUCCCGGUAUACAACCCGAAUAAACCUGGAAAGGUACGUAUCGUUUGGGAUGCCGCCGCCACAGCUUACGGAACAUCACUGAAUUCGGCACUCCUUACUGGUCCCGACCAGUUGACGUCGUUAGUUGGAAUUCUGUAUCAGUUUCGUGAGCAUCGAGUAGGCGUGUGUGCUGACAUCCGGGAGAUGUUCCACCAGGUACGGAUAGUUCCGGAAGAUCAGCACUGUCAGCGGUUUCUGUGGCGCAGUAUCGUGGAACAUGGUGAACCUAGGACUUAUGUCAUGCAGGUAAUGACCUUUGGGGCGAGCUGUUCUCCUGCUAUAGCCCAGUUCGUGAAGAACAGCAACGCAGACAGAUACGUAGACGAAUAUCCGGAAGCAGUAGCGGUGAUCAAGAAACGACACUAUGUGGACGACAUGGUUUUGAGCGCCGAAACGGAGGAAGAAAUCGUCGAGCUAUCCCAAUCGGUACGUUAUAUCCACAUGCAGGGUGGAUUUGAAAUCCGCAACUGGGUCUCCAACUCAUCGCUGGUGCUGUCAAAAAUGAAUGCAGAGCAGUCAACAGAAAAGGAUUUGAAUAUAACUUCCGAGUUAGCGAGCCAGAAAAUCCUCGGUAUGUGGUGGGAUACGCAGGAUGAUGUGUUCAAGUACAAGAUCGGAUGGACGAGAUUUGAUUCAGCGCUUCUCGAUGGAAGUCGUUGUCCCACCAAACGGGAGAUCCUUAGGACACUGAUGACCAUCUACGAUCCUGUAGGGCUGAUUGAUCACUAUUUGGUUCUACUGAAAAUCCUGCUUCAGGAGGUGUGGCGUACUGGGAUUGAUUGGGAUGAAACUAUCCCUGAAAAUCUGUUCGAGAGGUGGCGUACGUGGAUUCGUCUUCUCCCGGAAUUGGAGAAACUACGGAUCCCAAGGUGUUACCGGCAAGUUAUAUUGUCGAUAGAAGAGGCUGCAGUAGAUAUGCACGUCUUCAUUGAUGCCAGCGAAAGUGCUAUGUCAGCCGUUGUGUUUCUGCGAUUUACGAAAGGUGACCAGCUGGAAUGUUCUCUGGUUGCGGCUAAGACUCGAGUAGCACCGAUGAAAUACACCUCAAUCCCACGGUUAGAGCUGCAAGCCGCAGUUCUGGGGUGUCGAUUGGCUACCAAUGUAACACGAAGCCUAACGAUGAACAUCUGUAAGCGUACAUUUUGGACAGACUCUCGAAAUGUGCUCUGUUGGCUGCGUGCCGACCACAAGCGAUACAGUGCUUUCGUCGGAUCAAGAAUCAGCGAAAUAUUGGAAUCGACAGACAUCCACGAUUGGAGAUGGGUUCCGACUCGAUCUAAUGUCGCUGAUGAUGGGACCAGAUGGCGAGAUCGACCUGAUCUAUCGUCGGAGAGCAGGUGGUUCAAGGGUCCAGAGUUUUUGAUGCAAGCAACAGAGAAGUGGCCCAGCCUUCCAGUAAAGAUCUCUACCGAGGAAGAGAUGAGACCCAGCGUAUUGUUCCACAUCAGUGCUUCCGAAUCGGUAAUCGAUGUCAGCAGGUUUUCAAGUUGGCGACGACUAUUGAUAGUGACCGGAUACGUGCUUCGUUUCUGCACGAACAUUCAACGAAGCUGUAGGAAAGUUCCCUUAAUUUCUGGACCACUUAUGCGGAAGAGCUUCGCAGUGCGGAAGCACACCAUUAUCGGCAAGCCCAACGUGACACAUACCAUGACGAGAUUGCAGUAUUGGUGGCUAAAGAACAAACGGGAAACAAAUUCCAAAGGCAAGUCCGCUCUACAAGCUGAGCCCAUUCGCGGACGACUCAGGAGUAUUGCGGAUGAAGGGUAG